CCCUUGCUCAAUCAGUUUCUCACAUCACCACUGUCUCUCAAAUCGUCACCAUUAAAUUGAAGGCAAACGAGGAUUAUCUCACCUGGCGUACCCAGUUCGAAUCCUUUCUGGUGCCUCAAGGCAUGUUUGGAAUUGUUGAUGGAUCAAUUCAGGUACCCCGAUGUAUACUGUUGAUUUUCUUAAUCGUCAAGUUCCAAGUUCAGAAUAUUAUUUUUGGCCCUGAGUAGAUCAAACAAUUUGAUGUUGGUUGUUUGCUACUCUUACUCGUGAUGUGUUGGUUGAUGUUCAUGAUCUCAAACAUUCAGCUGCUAUCUGGGCUAGACUUCAGACUCGAUUUAUGUCUGUCAGUCUACCCAGAUGCAUGGAACUUAAACAAUUGUUAUCGAGUAUAAAGAAGAAAGAGAGCCAAUCUAUGGAAUUCUAUUUAAGGGAAAUUAAAAAUGUGGUUGAUGCCCUUGCGGCAAUUAAUUCUCCCGUGUCGGAUAAAGAGAUGCUUCAAGCUAUAUUGGCUGGUUUGGGUACUGAGUAUCGGUCCUUUGUCACUAGUGUCUCUUUAUUCCCCGACCAAUUUACCUAUGACAUUCUACAACCCCGACUUUUGGACGAAGAGCAACGAGUUUUGUAUGAGCGUCAACAACAACCAGCCGCUGGACAUCAAGCCUUCGCGGUUGCUGCGGCAGGAGGGCCGCCACCGGCUGGCUACGCUAAUCGCGGCAGAGGAGGCCACGGUAGGGGACGCGGCAGGCAGGGCCGAGGACGCAGCAGAGGACCACCGUAUGGCUAUCAGCACCAGGCCACACAGUUUUAUGGUCCACAGCAGCCCGUACCUGCUCCGCAACUCGGAUUCGGAUCUGAUCAGCAGGGCUUCGGCCAGCAGGGCUUCGGUCAUCCACAUGCUUCGACUCAGGGGGUGCCUAAUUCUCAAGGGAACACUUCAGGUUUCUCAUCAGGUGAAGGAAUUCUUGGGUCUGUU